AUGGCCAGUGAUCAGAGAUUUGCGCGGACUGUGCACGCAGUGGCAGAGGCUGUGCAGACAUUUGCUGCGGGUACAUUCGACUUUGCGGAGAGUAUCAAGCAAAUAUGGGGACCGCAGGCUGAGUCGGAUGCCACGGAGGCAUCUGCUCCACUGCCAAUAGAUGGCAUGGAGGGUGUGCAGGUGCUUGAUGAUCUUCGGGAGAGAACGCCCGUGUCUCAGGAGGGUCAGCAACAUGCCAUUGAAUCUCAAAGUCCUCCCGCGUCUGUGCUUAUGCACCACGGGCAAUCGGAACCUCAGCAGCAACAAAUUGAUCAAGCCGAGCUGGCCGAUCCACAUUCUGUACUUGAUUUUGAUGCACCGGGUGAAUCUUCCCAGCAACCUGGUCGAAUCUGUUACGAGUGCUUUGGCCGCUGGCAAAGGCGCUGGCGAAGUGAAAGCGCGAUCCCGCCGUGCGAGCCGGUCCCAGGGCGGAAGACAUGCAAGUAUUGCAUUAGCAUCCAUACGACCUGUAUAAUGACUCCAUUGAGCAAGACAGGGGUGAUGAUGCGGUGUAAAAUGGACUUGGAUCUUGCUGCUCAAAAUGGCGAUGCAUCCAUAGAAAGGGAGCGAUUCUUGAAUGCGUUCUUUGAGGCAUCGGAUCUGCUGGAAAUGCCUCUAUCUCCUUCAAUUACGGAGAUCCGACAGCAACAAAUGAGAUUAAAGCGAGCCCAGCAGGAUAUAGAGGAGCAGCAACCUAUAUCCAAAAGACAGCGAACAUACCAAUCACGACACGAACCUAAGCUAGAGCGGAGGGAACAAGAUGACCAGCAAGUUGCGGAAGACGAGGUGUCUUCGCGGUCGUCGGCACGUUCUGACGAAGAAGACGAAGCAGAAGUGGUGCCAAACGAACUGUCAGCGAAUAGUCCGGAACAAUCUCCUCAUCAGCCAAAUCAGGUGACAGUGGACCGUAAGACGGAAUCCGGAGCCGUGAUUGAAUCAGAGGAAGAAUAUGAAGAAUCCAUGUCUUCGUCCGAGGAACAGUCCUCGGAAGCAGAAAUGGAGGACGGAACGAGCGAGUCCUCUUCCGAAGAAGACGAAGAAAUAGUGGAAGUGCUUGCAGUAAAGCCUUCAUCGCCAGAGCAAGACAAAGACACUUCAGAAGAAACGAUCCGACAAGAAGCGGCGGAUAACGAUUCAUACUCGUCUUCGUCGGAGUAUGGCUCUUCGGAAGAGGAAUCAGAGCAACCAUCACCUACGUUGGUGACCAAAUUCUCGGCCCAGCUGGCACAAACUCGGUCACCAAAACCAGCGUGGGUAAAACAGUCCAGGGAGACAAUUCAACACGAGGAAGAAGAGGAUGAUCAAUCAUACUCAUCUACGUCAGAAGUAGGGUCAGAUGAAGAGUCAGACGGGGAAGAGUCCGAAGAAGAACCGACUCCCAAAAAUGCCGCACAUCCAGUGAAAACGCAGGCCACAACCCAGUCAUCGCAUGACAAACCUGAAGUGAACCCCCAAGAAGGCAUUGAAUCAGAGGAAGAUGAUAGCAACUCAUACCUCUCUGCAUCCGAAGAUGAGUCCUCGGGAGAAGAAUCAUCUGGAGAAGAUACUUCGGAACAAGAAUCAGAAGAAGGAUCGGAGGAACAACCAGCAACAAAGAACCCGCCGGGGAAGUACGAGGCAAGGCCGAUAGAAUUGGUCCAACCGAAACACGAAGUCCGAAAAGAAGUCAAAGAAACGGUGGUGGAAACGAUAGAGAAAGAUGUCGAAUCUUCCUCUGGUGCAUCGUCAUACGAUACAUCGAGUGAUUCGCGCGAGGAGAUAUAG